AAAAAAUCAACGUUGCGUGUAUUGCGUGGCAGACGACACGACAUGGCAUCCGUCGCAUUGUCAGCGGCGAUCGUGAUCAAGAUCAAAUCGAGUUGAGGAUGCGUCGAUCACGACCUUGUUUGCUCUCGCGAUGAGGGUUGUUAUUCUGGUGUUGAUGUUGAUGUGCGUCGAACCUGAUACAAUUUAGGUACAUACAUACACAGUUUGUGCUAUCCUGUCGUCGCGUCGUCGUGAUCAACCAGAUUUUCCGAACCGGGGCGGCGUUCAACGGUGUUGACUCGAGUCGAAAACGUUAUACGUAAUCGCAUCGAAAUGUACUUCCUGCGGUUCUGUCAGCAGCGCGGUGGAGGUUGCGGUGUUGGUGGUUGUCCCUAUACUAAGAUCUAUGAAGGCGAAAGAAGCUGCUCGACGGUGUCGACGCAGUAGUGGUGCAAGCGCGCGAGUGAAUACUAAUAUGGUGACGACAAUCAAGAUCACCGGCGACGGAGUGUUUAUCCAGUCCAAUUCGUAUCUGGCAAACGGCGGGGGCGGCGGCAUCGGUGCACAUCUCCACAGCCGCCAACAGUCAGCGUCGUCCGAACCGGGUGGCAAUUCGUCCGGUAGCAAUAGUAGUUCGCUAUCCCGUGGUGGGGAAUUCGGUGGACCGGGCAGUGAUCACGGCAGCUCCUCGAGCGGUGGCCACGAGGAUCAUCAAAUGAGUCGAUCGUUUACAAAUAUUGUUAAAGACCGGGUGGAUCGAGACAGAAAUAACAAUAAUAGUUUGGAUCCAAGAGUUGCUUUCAGUGAUAGUAAUAAUAAUUUUCCGAAAAUUUCAAGAAGACGGUAUCAGUCGGAAGAAGUGCUCCCUCGGUUGCAAAAGUUCAGUGGAAGUUCGGAUGGGUCGGAUACAGUGGACGCUGCCGGUUCCACAUAUUAUAACAGUAGUGCCGAAUCGGAUGAUCAAUUCACAAUAUCUUUUCUGAACACUCGCGGGCAUAACGGUAAAAGUUUACUAAACCAAAAGUUCAUAGUCUACAACAGCAAGAAACCAAGACAGUCCAGUAUCCUAACGCAAAACGGUUACCAUCACCCGGGCCAGUAUCGGCAGUACCUGAAUGGACGUCUCAAGCCGGCCUAUUCAACGUCGGUUCUAACCUCCCCUUCGUUGAUAGCUGCCAGUAUCGCCGAGAGUAGUCCGGAUCGUCCGUCCACCGGGACGCCACCUCCAAGACUUACGGUCGCUAAGUCUACUUCGUACCUACAGCGGACGAUAUCGCCGGCUCCGUCCCCGUCGCUGUCCUCGCUGUCACCUUCUAGUGGAUUUGCGUCGACUUCACCGACGCCGCCUUCGUCGGGAUCGCUGCCCACGGCAGCAGCAGCAUCACCGCCAUCAGUCACCGACUUGUCAUCGGGUCAGUAG